AUGGAACUCGAUGAGGAGGCCACAGAUGCGAGUUUAAGUGAGCGGUGUGAUAUGGAUACACGGUAUCGUCGCGUUAAGGGCUUUCUUCUACGAAAGCAACCACCUCCUACGGCCGCGCAAAAUAUGUCGAAUGAGUCGAUGCUAUUAGCGAGCUCGACACUCAAUAGUUCGGGACGAUCAGGUGCAGUGAAUUUGCGGCUUCCAAACAUCGAAUUGCCUACGUUCGAUGGCGAUUCCACCAAGUGGUUAACGUUCCACGACCGAUUUGUGGCGAUGAUCCACAGUGCCAGUGAGAUACCGAAUAUAAUGAAGCUGCAGUAUCUGCUGUCCUCCUUGAAGGGCGAGGUUGGUUUGCUUUUCGAGCACACCACGUUGACAGCAGACAAUUGCGAGGUGACGUGGGCUGCCUUGCUGAAGCGGUACGACAAUCCGCGUACGCUGAUCCGGGAGUACUAUCGGAAGAUUCAUCACCUGCCGGCAGUGAGCUGUGACAACGUGAACGAUUUGGCGCUGCUCGUCGAUGAAUUCACGCGGCGAUGA